CUCUCCUCAACACUACCUACGACUACCCUCUUCGCACUGCCCCAUCCGCCGCCCCUGACGUAACCGAACGCGUGCUUGCCUAUAUCGGCGCUUACCUGCCUACCUACCAACAACCAACACACACCUUCUCGCUAUCUCACUCUCUCUCUUUCCAUCUCUCCAUCCAUCCAUCCACCCAUCCCUUUUCGACUCUCCCUCGUCCAAACUCAUCAACAACCACUCCAACAUGUCCGACGGCAACCACUCGCCUCCUCACCCGGCCGCCGCCGAGCGUCGUCGCUCCUCCUUCGCCGGCCAGGCCAUUGCUGACUUCUUCGGCCGCAACAACGCCGGCUCCCCUCCCAACGGCCAGAACUACCCGGGUCCCAUCACCAGUGCUGCUGCCCAGGCCAACCGCCGUCGUCUUUCGGUGACGACUCUCGGGCUUUCGGGCUCGCCCAACCAGCAGUCUCCCUUCAGCCAGCGGAGCCGCGGCGAGAGCAUGUCGUCCGCCACCUCGGCCUCUGUCGAUGAGAGCCCCUUUGCCGACGAUGACGUGUCUGGCUCCAGUCCUAGCACCACGGCCACGUCGCCGUUUGCUCGCAGGCUGAGCUUUGGUGCUCGGGCGCUGCGCGAUGUGAAGCAGGGUGGAAACGGGAGCGGAAAUGCCAAUGAUGGUUUCAACCUCGCCGAGAACAUGCGUAGCCGUGCCGAGCGCUCCUCCAUCUCUGCCGCUAGCGGCAUGCCCCACCCCGCCGUGCACCAGCGUGCCAAGAGCGUAGCCACGAUGGAGCCGCCCGUCAGAGAGAUGCCCAGGCAUGCCAAGGCUCCUGACGCCUUCCAGGAGCGGAUCCUCAAGGGCGACUUCUACAUGGAUUAAAUGGGCCUUUGGCGCCCGGCACCGUCACUCGUUUAGCAAAGUGACGACCCCAUACACCAGACAUUGAGUAAGACACGGAUGACUUUGGUAUGCUAUGCCUGCUAGCUGCUGCUUGGAAAUGGUCUCCCUUCACACAUGCCCGAAAAAGGACAAAAGCACAAAAACAAGAGCGCCUCCGACCGGGUGGUAGCACCGCCGCCCGCUCCCGGAAGCCGACGGAACACAUGGCAGCAAUCUUAGCACAGCACGGUGUUGCUCCUCCCGCCCGCUGCUUACGCGGUGCACCAACCUUCUAGGCGGAACAGCACGUUUGUACCAUCAUACCUCGGGUCCGGAUACGUCAUGUCGUCUGGUUAGCUCCCUCUAUCCUCGUGUCAUUUCCCGGCUUGGGCCGGAGUACUUGCGACACGCAGGCGAUAACGAGUUUACGAUUAACGGUGUCUUGUCUUCGCACUUGAUUAACCCGGCGCAGCUCC